AUGACUUCUUUGAAGGCAGCAGCAGCAGCAGCUGCCCCAGCAGCAGCAGCAGCAGCAGCAGCAGCAAGUGACUCGUUGCUGCCAGCCGAGUUGGCUGAGCGCUACAUCGUAGAGGGGGAGAUCGGCCGUGGGGUUUUUGGGACUGUGUUUCUUUGCCGUCUCAGAGACAGCAGCAGCAGCAGCAGCAACAGCAGCAGCAGCAGCAGCAGCAGCAGCAGCAGCGAGGAGUUGCUGUCUGCCGCAAACGGAGCUUGCGGGCGUUUCGAAGCAGCAGACCCGCUAUUCCCGCGCUCCCCGGAGGCAGCAGCAGCAGCACCCGCAGCAGCAGCAGCACCCGCCGCAGCACCCGCCGCCGCCGCAGCAGCAGCAGCAGCAGCAGCAGCAGCAGCAGCAGCAGCGGGGCCGCGGUUCGCGAUGAAGCGCAUUCGCCUUCCACUUCAGCAGCAGCAGCAGCAGCAGCAGCAGCAGCAGCAGCAGCAGCAGCAGAGCCGGAAGCGGAAGCGGCUGCGGCCCACCUUUUAUUUGAUUACAGAACUCUGCGAUGAAGACGCAGCAAAAGCCAUCGCCCAGCAGCAGCACAAAUACCAGACUUACAUCAAACGAAUGCAGCAGCAGCAGCAGCAGCAGCAGCAGCAGCAGCAGCAGCAGCAGCAGCAGCGGGUGCACGAGGAGGCGCCUCUUCCGGGGUUCUCGGAAGAAGACGCGAGGCUCAUUGUCUACCAAGCCUUGGCUCACUGCCACUCGCGCGGUUUGCUGCACCGAGAUAUAAAGCCGCAAAAUAUAUUUUUGACGAAAGAGAGAGAAGCAGAAACUGGCAAACUUAGGUGGGUCGUUCGGCUGGGGGACUUCGGACUUUGCUGCUUCCGGCUGCAGCAGCAGCAGCAGCAAACAGCAGAUGUUGUCACAAAGCUUUACAGAGCGCCGGAGCUGCUGCUGGGCAAAACGGACUACGGGCAGCAAAUUGAUGUCUGGAGUGCUGCUGCUGUCGCAGCGGAGCUUGUGCUGGGCCGCCCUUUGUUUGGCUGCUCCUCUGAGGGUUUGCUGCUGAGCCGAGUGCAGCAGCUGCUGGGCGCAGCAGCAGCAGCAGAGCUGCAGCAGCUAGCGGGGGAGGAGCUGCGGAUUGAACCCGCAGCCCCCGCGGCGCCGCUCGCGUCGGUCUUCGUGGACGCGCUGCAGCGGCCGCUGCUGAGCGCCGCGGGCGUCGCCUUCAUCGAGCACCUGCUCAUAGUGGACCCGUCGCGGCGGCCGUCCUGCUUAGCUGCGCUGCAGCACCCGUGGCUUGCUGCUGCUGCUGCUUCCUUCAGCAACAUUGCUGUUUACUUUGGGCCUUUUCCCACUCCCUCUUUGCCGCUGCACUAUUUGCCUUUAGACCCUCUUAACGUGAGCCACUGCUUCGCCCCCACGCAGCAGCAGCAGCAGCAGCAGCAGCAGCAGCAGCAGCAGCGGCUGCAGCAGCAGCGGAAGGGGGGGAUGCAGCAGCCGCAGCAGCCGCUGCUGCUGCCUGUGCCUCCCUGGGAGGAGGCCCCAAUGCCGCAGCAGCCGUUUGAUAUGCCCGCAGCAGCAGCAAGAGCAGCAGCAGCAGCAGCAGCAGCAGCAGAUUGUCCUGACUUUGGCUUUGCAUAUACUGCGGACGAGGCGGACGUGCUGCAGCAGCAGCAGACUUCGAGUUGGUCAGCCUGCGCGUUGCUGUGCAACCGCUCAGCAGCAGCAGCAGCAGCAGCAGCAGCAGCAGCAGCAGCAGGAUGCGCCCACUUCCAGUAUGACUCUUUGACUGGCCUUUGCCGCCUCUUUGCUGCAGGGGCCCCUGGGGGGCCCCCCACUAAGGGCCGGGGGGCCCCCCAUGUGGUCUCGGGGCGGUACCCUGUGCUGCUGGCUGGCAGCAGCUGCGUCACUUCUGCUGCACUAUCUGAGUGGGGUCCCUGGGGCCCCUGGAGUCCCGAAGGGGGCCCCCUGGGGGGCCCCCCGGGGGGCCCCCUGGGGGGCCCCCUGGGGGGCCCCCCGGGGGCCCCCCUGGGGGGCCCCCAGGACCUCGGGGGGCCCCCAGAGGCCCCCCCGCUGCUGCAGCGAACUCGGCAAGUGCUGUGGGGCCCCCGCUUUGGGCCAGAGACUUUGCCUGCACUUAGGCAGCUGAAGCCAGCAGCAGCAGCAGCAGCAGCAGCAGCAGCAGCAGCAGUGGUCGCAGCAGCAGAUGCUGACUGCAGCUGGAGCGGCAUUGGCGUUCUGGGCUGGGGAUGCGAUCCUAAUGCUUCUUUCGAAGAAAGCGCACAAGCCCCUGUGGCUGCUGCUUCCCUCGCCGAGUGCCUCGCCAUUUGCCGCAGCCGCUCAACUUGUUCCUUUGCUUCUUUUGAAGAGCCUCAGGGGGCCCCUGAGGGCCCCCUGGGGGCCCCCGAGGGCCCCCAGGGGGCCCCCGGGGGGCCCCUGGGGGCCCCCGGGGCCCCACAGGGGCCCUUUGCAGGCCCUUGGGGCCCCCAGGGGGCCCCCAGGUUGGGCCGCUGCUUCCUUAUCUUCGGAGAGCCCGGCUGCUUCUUCCUUUCAAGGAGACACAGCUCCGGUAAGCUCGCGCAGCAGCAGCUGCAGCAGCAGCAGCUGCAGCAGCAGCAGCUGCAGCAGCAGCAGCUGCAGCAGCAGCAGCUGCAGCAGCACAAGCUGCAGCAGCAGCAGCUGCAGCAGCACAAGCUGCAGCAGUAG